GCGUUUCCGUGUUGUCUCUCCAGCUUCGCCGCCAAGUCCAACUUACACUAAAAGCUUCGGACAACUGAGUCACCUCAGUUCAACCACUCAAUUCCGCACCAUCUCUUUCAUCUUCUCCACUUCAUCCAUCCCUAAUAAAUCUCGGCUACCUAAAAGCUCAUAACCUUUUUGUAUCCAACUUCAACGAUUGUGUUAUUGUGCUUCCCCGCCUAAUUCAUAAGAUGUCAGUGAUUUAUGGUGGCGGUGGAGGGGGUUCCAAUCAGAAGAUCGACUACGUGUUCAAGGUUGUCCUGAUCGGAGAUUCAGCCGUCGGGAAGUCGCAGCUUUUGGCCCGCUUCGCCAAGAACAACUUCAGCAUUGACUCCAAGGCCACCAUCGGAGUUGAAUUCCAGACUCGGACCGUAGUCAUCGAUCACAAGAGCGUCAAGGCUCAGAUUUGGGACACAGCCGGACAAGAAAGGUACCGAGCAGUGACAAGUGCAUACUACAGGGGUGCACUGGGAGCGAUGCUGGUUUAUGAUAUCACCAAACAUCAAACAUUUGAGCAUGUGGCAAGGUGGUUAGAGGAACUGCGGGGCCAUGCUGAUAAGAACCUUGUGAUCAUACUUGUGGGUAACAAGACUGACCUUGAGAGUGAUAGAGGUGUACCUACAGAGGUUGCCAAGGAGUUCUCCGAGAAGCAGAACCUGUUCUUUGUUGAAACAUCUGCACGAGACUCGACUAAUGUUGAGACAGCUUUCCUUAAUCUUCUUACUGAGAUUUAUCGUGUUGCCAGCAAAAAAUCUCUUGUUGCCAAUGAAGAAGCCG